AUGGCUUCGAGUCGCUUCUUUAUUCUUUCAAAUCCCCGUUCAACGUCCAAUUUAUUCAUCCGGAUUUUAAAUCUCAAGGAGCAGCCCAACGUUGCCAAGCACGAACAGAACGGAUAUUUCUUCCUCAAGGCGUCUUUUUUGGCCAAAAGUCUGGGUACUUCAGAGAAAAAUAUUCGGGAAUGGACCGAAACGGAGCGAUCGGCAAUGCGUCAGGCUUACCAGGACGCAUUCAAUGACAUGGAGGAAUAUCUAUGCGAAGCGGAAAAUAACGGGAAAAUUGCGGUUGUUAAAGAGCACUGCUAUAUGGUGUUAGACCCCGCAUUUCGCUCAAAGUUCCAUUUUGGACUGGAUGGUGCGACCGAGAAUGGAUGGACUUUGGAUUUGCCGGCGAAAUACGGCGGCAACCCAAUCAAGUCAGAGGGAAACAUCACAUUACUCCCUGAUGCAUUUCUCGACACAUGGAAUCCAAUCAUCCUAAUCAGACACCCUGCUCUGAUGUUCCCGUCAUUUUGCAGAGCAAUGUCCGACCUCUUCCAUAUUAACUUUAAGAAUUUGGAUAUUUCUUUGAAAAGGGAGCUGAAUCUAGCCCUGAGUCUGACCUGUGCACGUGUCAUAUAUGACUGGUAUGCAAAGCGCUUGGGAAAGAUUGACGGUGGGAAAUAUCAGGGAGAAUCAUGGCCGAUAGUUGUGGAUUCCGACGAUGUGAUCAACCGCCCUGAACUUAUGAUAAAAUUGGCUGAUAUGAUCGGACUGGAUCGAGAUUCUUUGCAAUUUACGUGGGAGAAAGAACAGACCGAAAACAAUGGACAUCCUAUCUCUACAGCGAGAGAAAUAAUGCUAUCCACAUUGUUGUCCUCGACCGGGAUUAUCAGCAGCAGGGCUGCUACAGACAUAGACAUCGAUAUUGAAGCGAAUAAAUGGCGAGAGGAAUUUGGUGAGGAAGCUGGGAAGUAUCUAGAGGAUUGUGUGAAAGCCGCAAUGCCUGAUUAUGAGUUUUUGAAGGAUAAGAGGCUAAAAUAA